CGUAAGGUCUUGCCUGGAUUGGGUGGGGGGGAACAGAAUAGGAGACAGGGAAACCUAAUGGGUCGGUACAGAGUGGGGUGAGACACAGGGAUGCCCCUAUGUAAACAUAACACACGAGAAACAGGGGGACUCUGAUGGUAAGGGGAGUCUGAAGGGGGACUCUGACCCUCCAUUUAACAAACUGAGCCACAGCAACGUGUGGCAGGGCCAGCUAGUUUUUUAUAUAAUUGAUUGAUUGAUUGAUUGAUAUCCAUACACAGACUUAGAUACAUGUACAACCUUAAAUACUUAAACCAUUAGAUAUUAAUUUGAACUUGUAUAUGUACCAUAUUUUUCCGUGUAUAUGACUAGGUUUAUUCCCUUUAAAAUCUUGUCAAAAAUUAUGGGGUGUAUUAUACACAGAUACAUCUCCUCCAUUUUCUUAAAUCUGAGUCCCCCCAAAUAGGGGGCAUCUUAUACAUGGGGCAUCUUAUAGAUGGAAAAAUACGGUACAUGCUCUUUUCUUAUAUUUUCUAACUAAACAAAAAUAGAUCAAAGUAAUAAAGUCGAUAAACUAAAUUCCAAUAAACUCAAUUAUAUAAAAACAGACUUCCCAUCAUUUCCCGAUGUACAGUAAGUUACAUUUCCGACAUUGAAUGUACUUAUACUUCUUCCCUUACUCUUGCUAUAGUUUCAGUACUUUCUUAUAACAUAUCGUACCGUAUUUCCUUUCUGAGUAGAAUAUAAUUGACACAAGGGUCAUUCAAACACUGCCAUAGAUAUUAUGUUAUUGUGAUAUUUUUGUAGGUCUUUUUUGAACAGAUCCCAUUUUGGUGCGAAUGAUUGUUUUGUAUUUCCCCUUAAUCUAUCUGUCAAUUGGGCCAGUUCUGCACAGUCGAAUAACUUAUUCUGCCAUUCCCUUUCCAAUUUGAUGCAAUUAGCGUAUUUUUCCAUGUAUAAGACUAGGUUUUGUUCCUAAUAAAUAAUGUCCAAAAUUUGGGAGCAUCUUAUACACGGAUAGAUCUUCCCCCAUUUUCUUAAAUUGGAGUCCCCCAAAAUAGGGGGUGUUUUAUACAUGGGGGCGUCUUAUAGAAGGAAAAAUAUGGUACUAACCGGGCAGUGGCUGUUGCAUAUAAGAAUAUUUCUCUUCUAUUUUUCAGGAUAUCACUGCCUAAGAUCGUGAUCAUUCUGAUCGUGCCCUGCUUCUCGUCCCCAUUGGGGACUGAUAAAAACGAGAGCGGCUGAGACCAGAUGGCAAUUAUUAUUAUUAUUGUUUAUUUAUUUAUUUAUACCCCGCCCAUCUGGCUGGGUUUCUCCCGCCACUCUGGCCGGCUUCCAACAAAUACCAAAAUACAUUAAAAUAUCACAGAUUAAAAACUUCCCUAAACAGGGCUGCCUUUUGGUGUUUUCUAAAUGUCAGGUAGUUGUUUAUCUCCUUGACCUCCGAAGGAAGGGCAUUCCACAGGGCGGGCACCACAAUCUGCAAUUCUCACUGGGGUCAGGCUGGAUGACCUCUGGAUCCCAUCUCACUCCUCUCUUUCUAUAUCUAUGGGUCCCACCUGCAGGGGUCAGGCUAGGUGACCCCUCACUCCUCCACCCUCCCCCUGCAGGACUCAACGGGAGCUUCAUGGUGGAGCUGAGCCACAGCGGCCACAUUGUACCCCUGUGGCGAAGCCCUGCCGCGUCCCCUGGCACCUGGCGCCCCCUGCUGGCCUACACCGGAAGAAUCCACGGCGCUUUCCAGGUGACCUUCUCCUCGGUGGUGAGCGUGGCACUGGACGACGUGCAGUUCAGGAACUGUGGCCCCCAAAAAUCAAAGAAUCAUAGUUGGAAGAGACCACAAGGGCCAUCCAGUCCAACCCCCUGCCAAGCAGGAAACACCAUCAAAGCAUUCCUGACAGAUGGCUGUCAAGCCUCUGCUUAAAGACCUCCAAAGAAGGAGACUCCACCACACUCCUUGGCAGCAAAUUACACUGUCAAACAGGUCCCUGGAGCUGCACCCCAGGCGAGCGCCCAUGCCUGCCGAGCGGCUGCGUGGCCCCUGUCCGCCUUUGCGAUGGCACUGAGGACUGUGGUGACGGCAACGAUGAACAGGGUUGCGGUGAGCAGUCGGUGGGCAUUUGGGGCCAGGGGGAUGGGGGCGGAAAAGGGGACCCUCCUCACCUGCCUUUCUCCCCCAGAGAACUUCCACUCAUGCCCCUUCGAGGAGGGCUGGUGCAUUUGGGCGGCAGAUGCCCACCAGAGCCUCUCCUGGGCGAGGAACCGCAGCUCCCAGGUGCCACCGGCCCCGGCUCGCCCCACCCGCGAUCACAGCACCAACACGCCGGAAGGAUACUUCAUCUACGUCGCUGGCACCCACUCGGGCCGAGCUGAGCUGGUCAGCCCCACCCUGGCAGCAAAUGGGUCCUGCCACCUGGUGUUCUACGCCCACCUGCACGGGUCGGACGCCAACCGCCUGAACGUCUACUCCCAGAUGGAGAUGAAGAGGGAGCUGAUCCUCAGCCGCGCUGGUGACCUGGGCAACUUCUGGUUCCGCCAGGAAGCCGCUUUCAACGGCACCAAGGACUUCCAGAUUGUCCUUGAGGGCGUCAUCGGGAAAGAUCCCCAAAGCAGCGUCGCUCUGGAUGACCUGAUCCUGUCUCCCGGUUGCAUCCCACAAAGCGGCCUGCUCUCCGCACCCCCCACCGAGCAACCACCUGGACCGGGGCCCUGCAAGGACGAUCAAUUUUCUUGUGACAGUGGGACGCGCUGUCUUAGCGGCGAGCAAGUGUGUGACUUCGAGGCUGACUGCAGUGACGGCACCGACGAGAGCCAGUGCGGAGCCAGCAAUUUCACCCGUGGCCUGGGCGGCUGGACAGACGUCAGCGUGGGCCGGAUCCAGUGGGUCGGCGCGGGGCCGGAUCCUGCGCCGCCCGGCCUGAGCCUGGGCCACGCUCCGGGUCAGAUGCUCUCCCUGGCUAGGGCCACCACGCCGCCCCUGGGGCCUUCCGGCUGGGCUUGCACCGUGGAGCUGCGCUUCGAUGCCGGCCCUCGAGGGCUCCUGGCUCUGGCUGUGGCCGACGCAGCGCCGGGCAGGUGGUUGUGGCACACCUGGGGCAACAGCACCACCGCCUGGCAGCACGCCAUCGUUCCCCUGGGUGCAAGAGAACGGCCUUUCCAGCUGGAACUCCUGGCAAUGGAGGAGGAUCUUGCCCUGGCUGUUGGGAGCGUGGCCUUUUGGGACUGCGGCGCCUCUCUAUCUCGCCCCUCAGGGCUGACAUGCAACUUUGAGAGCGACCUGUGUGGCUGGUUUGCUGAGCCUGGCGCUGGGUUCGAGUGGCGCCUCUGCGUGGGCCAGGACCACACGACGGGUAGAGGUGCUUUCCUCUCGGUGGACCCUGCGGCGCCCGGAUCCCGCAGCCGGCGGGCCAGGCUGGUCUCUGCCCCCCAAACCGCACUGACGCCGUCCGACGCCUGCCUCUCCUUCUGGUACCGCCUGAAGGGACCCCAGAUCGGAACCUUCAACCUGCUGGCGAAAUCCAUCGGUGCCACGGAGGAAGUUCUGUGGACCCGGGUGGGGAGUCAGGGUGCCGCUUGGCGUCGUGCCUCAGCCACCAUUCACCAGCGCCUGCUGCUGCCCAGCUUCCAGGUGACCUUUGAGCUGCUCCGUGACGGCUUCGCGGGAACCGUGGCACUGGACGACGUAGCCCUGGUGCCCGGGGCCUGUGCCAGCCCCCUCCGCUGCAACUUUGAGGAGCCCGGGGCCUGCGGGGUUUCGGGAGGAGGGUGGGUGCGACGGCAGGGCGGCAGCACCUCGGGGCAAGGCCCGCCCCAGGACCGCACCCUGGGCACACUGGAGGGGCACUACAUGGUUGCUGACACCAGCGCCCUGGCAGCGGGGCAAGCGGCGCCACUGCGGACAGGGAUGUAUCUGCCACUGGGGGGCACCCACUGCGUCGGAUUCUGGUACUACCUGAGCGCCGGAGAUGCGGGCUCUCUGCGCGCCUCCGUGGAGGAAGAGGGCUGGAGGCAGACUGAGGCACUGGUGGUGGGUUCAAGGCAGCGCGGGAGCUGGCGCUACGCAAAUUUGACAGCGGAGGUCAGCGGCGAGUGGCGGGUGGCGUUUGAGGCUGAAGGGCCUGUGGCGUCGUAUGUGGCGCUCGACGACCUCGAGGUGACACCGGGGAGCUGUCUCGGCGCCGGCUCAUGCGAUUUUGAAUCCGGCACCUGCGGGUGGAGGAAGCCCCACGGCAAUUGGCGGAGCUGGGAUUGGGCCGGGGCAGGAGCUGAUGGGCGCCACGUCUCCGUCCAGGUGGGCGUCGGGCACCACACAGCCCGCCUCGCCAGCGAGACCCUCGAAGGCGCCGGCUGCUUCCGCUUCCGCUACCGCAUGGCUUUCCAGGGAGAAAGUGCAGCUGAUGCCGAGCUCCGGGUGCUCCUGUCCAGCCCGCAGGGGGAGCGUGUGGUCUGGUGGGCAGCCGGCCACCAAGAUUGGGCCUGGCAGGAGGAGAGAGUUCUCGUUGACAGCGGUGGCGAGUUCCAGGUGGUGCUGGAAGUGGGCACUGGCGAUUGGUCUGGCACGGGCACCAUUGCGGUGGAUGACGUAGGCUACGCUGUCGGAGGCGGGUGCGAGGAGCAGCGCCAGGAGAGCGGUGGGGAAGGGAGCAGCGCUCCCCCCCUGCCUUGGGAGGCUGCCGUGGUGGCCGCAGCCGCCUGCGCCCUUUUCGGGGGGCUCCUGGCCUGGGCUGUCACUCGCCGCUGCCAGAAGAAGUGCUGGUCGUCGGAGGCGCCCCAGUUCGGGGGCUUCAACAAUGUUGCCUUUCAAGACGACCAGGUCCGGAUCGUAGAGCUGCCUGUCGGCGCGCCAACAGACUAGCCGCUUUCUCCCCAGAAGGCCGUGGGCCGGGUGGCUGCCUUGCUGGCGGGUUGGACUAGAUGACCCUUGGAUCCCUUUCUAUCUGGGCACGAUGACACAAAACAAAGGAGAAAACGCGGUGGUUGUUCCAUCUCCCAUGAAAUAAAACGUGAU